GUUAUUCUUAUACCAACAACGUGUCGAUAUUUCACGCAUUAAAAUUAUUCGAUUAAAUUAUCGUUUCCCCGUUUAUUUCGCGACUUAUCGUACCUUAUCAACAGGUGUAACGUAGGUAUGAAUGAUACAAUUCUAAAAAAUAUGAAUUCGAUGCCUCAAAUUAAGCUAUAUGUACAAUCUGUUCCGUGAUUUAGUUGAAGUUUUAAUGUUCAAUCGUUUUUCAUACCGUGAAUCAAGAUCUACAUACGUCUGCGUUUAAAAAAAAUUGACUUAGUUUUGAAACCUCAGCUGGAGGCCGAUUCCUCACAUUUUUAACAGGUCAAGUCGCUCUUUCCUGAAACUUUCCUGACUUUUCUGCGAUAGAUACUUGGAGGUAACUCUGAAUUUCGCAAAUAAGCAGCUGAAAUUUUCGCUGCGUGAGAUUUUCUUGUCGCAGUUAGAACGCUACAUGGGUAUGGACAAGGACUCUUUGAAAAAAUCCGGAAAUGAAAUCAACCUGCUAUAAUUAGAAUAGAAGAAAAAAAAAAUUCAUCGUUAUUCCUCAAACUACUUUUUCGAAAGGUUUUAAAAUACGGAUAAUGUGCCAUAGUCAAGUUACCUACUUGUAUACCUAGUUAGCCUUCACAUUGGGAAUAAAUUGUAUACGCUUAUACAUAGAUCAGUCUUAUUGCACAAGUUGUGUAAACAAUUGGAUAGCCUAAGUACCUGAAUAAUUUUUGAAAUCAACUCGUAUAUCCGACUCAAUUAUGACGGUUCACACUUUGUUCAAAUUUUGUGCGGUUGUAUUUUUUGGAAACCUCGCGAAUGGAGUCGUAUUACAAACGAAACAAGGAAUUUUAAAAGGCCAAUUUGAGAAGAGUAGAGAAGGACGGACGUUUUAUUCUUUUUAUGGAAUCCCUUAUGCAGAACCACCUGUAGGAGAGUUACGAUUUAAGGAUCCAGUUCCAGCAAAAUCAUGGGAAGGUGUACGAGACGGUUCCAUUCUUCCAUCGCCCUGUUUACAAUACUACAUCUUACCAGAAAUUCGAGGAAGCGAAGAUUGUCUUUAUCUGAAUCUCUAUAAGCCGAAGCUCACAAAUGAGACUUUGCUUCCUGUGAUGGUUUAUACGCACGGUAGUCGUUUUUUGUACCGUGAUGCUCUACCAGAUAAAUACGGUCCUCACUACUUCAUGGACAAAGAUGUGAUAUUAAUCACUUUUCACUAUCGACUAGGAAGUCUAGGUUUUCUUAGCACCGAAGAUGAAAUAACACCGGGAAAUUAUGGAUUAAAAGAUAUAGUGGAAGUGCUUCGAUGGGUACAAAAUUACAUCGAAGAUUUCGGAGGUGAUAAAAAUAGAGUAACGUUAUUUGGGGCCAGCAGUGCUGCUACUAGCGUUUCAAUGACAUUACUUUCCCCACUGGCAAAAGGUCUAAUUCAUCGUCUCAUUACGCAAAGUGGACAUCCUUUCGAUAUGGAGAGACCUGGUAAAGCCAGACUGAAUGCUUGGAAACUCGCUUCUUUGGUCGGUUGUGAUGGAGAUGAAGUAAAAACCUCCCAAGAUCUAUUAAACUGUCUAAAAAAAAUACCAGCAGAAAAAUUCGUAUCCUAUGAUUCUUUAUUUUUUAGCACUGGAGGACUUAUACCUGCAUUUCCAUGGGGUCCGGUUAUUGAAAAUGAAAGGGUUCCUGGAGCUUUCUUAGUUGACCAGCCUUCCAAGUUACUAGAACGACAAUCAGAUAUACCUUGGAUUAUGGGUUUCAAUUCCGAUGAAGGAGGCGAGAUCGCGAUUAUUGCCUACUAUCAAAACUACGGCACAUCUUUAGUAAAUGAAAUGGACACAGAAUACAAAAAGCUCUUUCCAAUAAUGUUCCGUUAUGGAAAUCAUGUGAAGGACCUCGACCAACUCGACAACGUUACAGAAACUUACAAAAAAUAUUUUUUCGGCGAUAAAAAGAUUAGUGAAAAUAUUCACGGAUUUGCUGAGAUGUUCACAACAUUAAUUUACGUGACGGGACUAAAACAAACUGUCAAGCUAUACAAAGGACCAAAAUACGUUUAUUAUUACAAUUACAAAAAUAAAGAAUCAUUCGCAAAAACAGCCUACACAGGAGAUCAUCCUUAUAUGGGUGUUAUUCAUGGAGAUGAACUCGUAAGCUUUUUUAAUUGGUCCUCUGUCAUCACACCAGUAACUGAUGGCGUUGAUUUGACCGUUUCCAGACAAAUGAUCGAUUUUUGGACUAAUUUUGCAGCUACAGGGGAUCCAAACGAUAGAGAAAAAACUACAUGGAAUCCAGUCGAUUCGCAGGAUAUAAAUUAUCUGCAUAUUAAAGAUGGCAAAUUUGAAAUGAGAGAUGAGUUACUGAAAGAAGAAUACGAAUUUCUCGACAGUGUUUCUGUUGAUGGUUAUUUUUAAAUGUCACACGCUAAACAUUAUGUAUCUUUAUUUCAACUGUGAUUUAUUAUUUUUGUACUUAA